AUGUCUGAAUCUUCAAGAAGUAUAAAUCAUAAAUUAAAUGAAUUAUUAAGUAAAAAUAAUAUAACAAAAUUAAAAUUAGAUGAAAUAACAUCAAUAAAUUAUGCAACAAUAUUAAAAUCAAAUAUUUUGGGGAAAGAUAAACAAGAAAAAGUAAAUUCAAUAGUUGUAUUAGCAAAAUUAUUAGAUUGUAUAAAUAUAUCAUCAGAUUUAUUUAUUUCAAUAUUAGAUUAUGAUUUAUUCAAGACAUUAUAUUCAAUAAUAAGUAUAAAUAUGUCUUCAGAAACAUACAAAGCAAUAUUAAAAAUUUCAUUAUUAGAUAUUUCAGGACAAAUUUUUAUAUCAAAUAAAUUGGAAAAUUAUCUACCAUUAUUUGAAUCUUUAAUUGAAUAUUUAGAUGUUAUUGAUAUUAUAACAUCAAAAUUAUUUUUACAAGAUUCUAAAAUUAUUUAUAUGUCAAUUAAAUUUAUAACUGAAAUUAUAAAUAAAUCUUUAAAAUUUAAUUAUUCAGGUAUUAUAACUAUAGCAGGUAGAUUAAAACAUGUAUUAUUUUUUAAUACAAUAGAUAAUUUAGAAGACACCACCGAAUCUACAAAUAACGACCUAAACAAUGAAAUUGAAAAUUUAAAAAUUUCUUAUAUGAAAUUAAAUAAAUAUCUUAAUUCAAUAAAAUUUGAUUUAUCAAUAAAAUCUCAUCAAACAAUGUUAAAUAAUUUAUUUAUAUUUUUGGAAAUUUCUUUAAAUGAAUAUGGUACUCCUGCAACAACAAAAGAAUAUAUAAAAGCUGGUUUUACUGAAAAUCCAAGACAAUUUAUAAUAGAUAAUUUUACAAUAUUAUUAGCAAUGGAUUUAAAAAUUUUUUUAAAAGAUCCAAAUUUUACAUUUAAAAAAAGAUUUCAUGAAGAAUUAAUGAUGAGUGAUCAUUUAAGAACUUUUCCGCUAAGUUUAUUUAUUGAAAAAUGUUCUAAAAUGUGGAUUGAAAUAUUUGAAAAAAAAAAUCAAUUCCCUAAUAUUUAUUCAUCAAUUUUAAAUUGGGAAUUUAUGAUUUAUUAUACAAUGAAUAAUUGUCUUAUAUUAUGGCAAGAAACAAAAGCUGAAUUAAAUGAAACAGAUAUUGAUAAAAUUUUACAAUUAUUAAAAUCAAAUAUUGAUAUUUAUGAAAAAAAUUUGGGGAGUGGUAUGAAUAUUGAAGAAUGUUUAGAUAUGACAAAUUCUCAAGAAAUGAGAAAUCAUCAAAUAAAUAUAAGUAAUGAAAAUGAUUUCGUUAAAUGGGAAAAUAAAUUCAUUGAAUUUAAUAAUAAUUUAAAUAAAGAAGUUUUAAAAUUAGUUAGUGAACAAAGAAUUAUUCAAUUAUUAAAAGGUUCAUGGGUUUAUACUGAACAAUUUGGUGAAUCAUUAUUUUCAAAUAAAAAAUUAACAAACACAACACCAAAAUUUAGUUAUAUUUCAUUAUCACCCAAUAGAAAAUCAAUAUAUUAUAAAGAAUUUUUAGAAAAACCUAAAAAUAAUAAUCCAACAAUUGAAGAAUUAGAAGAAUUAGGUGGUAUAAAAUUAUCAGAUAUAAAAGAUUUAAAAUCUAUUCAAAUUGGUGAAGCAAUGGGAGAAGAAAUUAAAAAAAAACAUUCAAAUUUAAUUUCAAUAAAAGGUUCAAUUUCUUAUGAUAAAAUUAUAAUUUUCGGGGGUGAUGAAAAAAAAUUAUUAUCAUUUUAUACUGAUUCUGAUGUAAAAAGAUAUGUUUGGUUAGAUGGUAUAAAAAUGUUAAAGGGAAUAACAAAUAUUUCUGAAGAAACAAAAAUUCAAAUUGAUACUUUAGUAGGAGUUAGAAAGAGAACUCAAUUGCUUUCAUUAGAAAAUACAGAUAUACCAAGUGAUCUUGAAGAAGGAGGAGAAAAGCAAGAACAAGCAGAACAAACAGAAGAAGCUGAAAUUGAUGAUGUAUAUAAUUUUGAUGAAUUAAAUGAAAUAUCUAAAGAAUUUGUAUAUACUUAA